CCGCCACGGCUGGCGUACUACGCUACAGCAGAGGAAGCGCAUAUUGCUCUACAAGCGCACGCAUCAGCGCGGGGCUACGGCCUAGCAAAAUACCGUAGUAAACCAGACAGAGUGGACAUACGAGCAUACCUCCAGGACGCAUGCCGACAGCUACACCGGUUGGUCUUUCUU